AUGGGAUUUCCAUUAGCAUUUCAGUUUUGGAUUUACGAGACGCUGGACUCGUUAUUUCGAUGGGUAGAGGAGUCGCCGCAUGUGGGAGCCGCCCGGAUGUUGAGAUGGCACACGAAGGACAUUCCGGGAUGGGAUUCUAUCUCCGCUAUCUUCACUGAAGAUCCAGUAAAUUUAUCUCCGGUUGAGAGAGAUACGGAGUGGUAUGAGGAUAUCGUCCGAUAUACAGGGAUGUCGGAUAGUCGAUCUUCUUCGACGUCAGGAGGUGCACCAUCGAGUCCUCGUGACGUUAGUUCUCCGAUCGUUGUUCCUCCUCCUAUUGAAGCUUCUGUUCAGCCCCCUCCCACGUGCCCGAUCAGCGACCCUAUCGAGGAGCUUAUAUCACCCGAUCCCGGGCCUAGGCCUCCUACCAUCGAGCACAUAUCACCGGAUCCCAUGCUUAGGCCCCCUACCACUGAGCAGAUAUCAGAUGAUCCUCCUACCACUCGAUCAGAUUUCUCCAUUCAUCAUUUUGAUGCUGCAUUGGCUCGAUGGGGAAAUCUUAUCUUAGAUCGACUUAUUGGAUUAGAGGCUAGGAUGGAGGAUAGGUUUAGUUGCAUCGAGGGUAGGAUGACUCUUAUAGAGGAUAGAUUGAGUCGUAUAGUGGAUACGACGACUCGUACGGAGGUCGGACACUCUCAUCACCACACAGACACUGUCAGACAGCCAUCUCGGGACGAUGGUGACGGAGUAUCGACAGGGGCUUUCACGUUCCCGUCUCCACCUGUUGUCGAUCGUCGGUUAUUUGAUGAGAGACCAUCCCGAGAAGAUAUGAUAUUGACUGUUGAUAUUAGCGAUUAUAUAUCAUCGCAUGAGGUUUUCUCGAUGGCACCUCAUACGAUGGUUCAGGAUGUCGGCGACGAUGGAUCACUUCACAUGCGAUCUUCUCCGUCGACGUCUUCAGUGAUUAUUCCGCGGCCGAACGUUUCUGCGGAUGCACCGAUUACGGAUCACAUUAUGACGUCUGUUUCGACAUUAGAGGGUAUUACCGAUGUCGAUCGAUCACCACAUGCGGAUGCUCCGAUUACGGAUCCCAUUGUGACGUCUGUUUCGAUAUUAGAGGAUAUUACCGAUGUCGAUCGAUCACCACAUGCGGAUGCUCCGAUUAUGGAUUGGGAGGAGGUUGAGGAUCUUCGUUUGAUCUAUCUCAACACUCCAAGCAAAGGAAAACAAGUGAUCGAUAUUGUUUCCCAGGAUGAUGAUGUCACUGAUGAUGUUGUUGAGAUCACUGCACACGAGGACCAGGAACAGUCGGUCUCGAAAGAAAAUAUAUUCGAUAUAGCUUCACUUGCGGAUUCUCCAGCUAUGACUCCAGCGAUGCAGAAGUAUUUUCGCACAGUUCGUGGUAGGAUUGUCAAGAAGGGACCCCUGAUUCGUAGUCCAUACACGAAUCCUCUGAAACCACGUGGCCAACGAACGAGACCCGUUGUGCAGUUAUCGAAAACCGAACGUGAGGAGGUUUUCAAGAAGUGGUAUGCAGAGCCGAACAUGUUCGAGAAACGUCAUGUGUAUGACAUAGGUGUGUGGACCAAAAUUGCAUUUUGGGGUACACUCAUGAACACCUCUGGAUGGUUGUCUGACGAGCAUGUUGAUUCGUUUUUAGGGUUACUACGUCGACGCCAGCAUGACGAUACUACGAAUGUUCGGCAGAAUUGGACGACGGUUUUGAGUUGUUUUGUUGGAUAUAUCCCUCAUGAGUAUGCGGCCUGGACGAGAGAUCCAGAUAGCUACCAGUUCCCUUCGCUCUUUACACGUAUGGUGGAUGCAGAUUAUCCACCUGAGUUGCAUUUGCAACCUUGGGGUAUGAUUGAUGAGGUUUUUAUCCCAAUAAACUUUGAGAAUGCUCAUUGGGUAGCAGGGGUGUUGGAUUUGAAGGAGUGGAAGAUUACGGUUUACGACUCCUUACAGAGUUUCACAGCUGACCCGGAGCUAUUUAGGGAAAAGAUGUUGGGAUAUACGUUGAUGAUACCACAUUUAUUAGCUGCGACAUCAUUUUGGGCCGAUUCGCAUCGGAGUCCACAGGACGAUCCAUUUGCAUUGCAUAGGGUGGUGGAUAUACCGCAGCAGGCGCCCCUAGCAGGUGACUAUGGGGUGUUCAUGUUACGAUACAUCGAGUGUUUAGCACUUCACCGCUCGUUAUGCUUUGAGGGGGGGGACUCGUUACACCUGCGCACUCGUUUAGGCACGCAGCUAUAUUUUCAGGAUAUUGAUUGA